CUUGGUGUUGCAGCUCCACACAGCCUCGCUCUCCUUCACGGCUCCAUGUUGAAAGAAACGACAACAUGGCAGCAAUGAACAGCGUCUGUAACAAAGUGUCCUUGUGCUGUCAUUUUCUGCAUAACUAUCUGUGUGUGUGUGUGUGUGUGUGUGUCUUUAAUAUGCAGUGUUACACACAUUGCUGCCCUCCCACACUCCUGUGUACGAGAUCCAACGAGACAAGCUGGCCAGUCAUCAGAGUAUAAAGGCACCAACUGCUCACAUCAGGCCACUAUACCACACAGAGGACCAUCACCACGCCAUCUGUGGACAUCUGGUCGUGAUUGUACGAAAGGCCACUGAGGAGAAGAAGGAGGCUCAUCCUGAGAGCUCAAAAUCGCUGGACGUCUGGCGGCCUCGACUCAUCCACUGAGACCUCAGUGACCUCCCAGAGGCGAAGACAAUACAAAGCAUGGCAUCCACAGGUCUUCAGCUGCUGGGCCUGGUUCUGGCCGUCCUGGGUUGGGUGUGCGGGGCGCUGGUGUGCGCGGCUCCUCUGUGGCGCGUGUCCGCCUUCGUGGGCGGCGAGCUGGUGAUCGCCCAGGUGCUGUGGGAGGGACUGUGGAUGAACUGCCUGUCUCAGACCACAGGCCAGAUCCAGUGCAAGACCUACGACUCCACCCUGGCCCUGCCCCCGUCCGCCCAGGCCGCCCGGGGCCUCACCGUCCUUUCGCUGCUCCUCUGCCUCCUGGCCCUCAUGCUCGGGGUGGCAGGGGCCAAGUGCACUCACUGCAUGGGGGACGCCAACCGGGCCUCCAAGGCUCGCGUGGCCAGGGUGGGCGGGCUGCUCUUCGUCGUGUCUGGCUUGGCCUACUUGAUUCCCGUGUGUUGGACCGCCCACGCGGUCAUCAGGGACUUCUACGACCCGGCCGUCGCCGCGCCCUUGAAGAGGGAGCUGGGCCCGGCGCUGUACCUGGGCUGGUUGGCCAGCGUGCUGCUCCUGGUCGGGGGCUCUCUGCUCCACCUGGGCUCCUCUCCACCAGGAGACCGAGCGCUGGCUUUUUUCGGCGGAGCCGCGAAGGAUAACGCGCCGGCAGGAGCAGCGGGGGAGGCCAAGCAGCAGGAGAAAUCGUUUGUAUGAGAUGAUCAUAUCGGAUAUAUUAUGUGUAUAUAUAUUAUCUAAUAGAGGCCUUUACUGGUUUUACUAUCUCAUAUCGUGGAGUUUGGUUUUGUUUAUUUAGAUCUUAAUGCGGACUCAAAUCAAAUUUGUCAAAUAAACACUAUGAAUAAUGAAAUGACAUGACGAGCUGCUCAGCUGAAGGUUUCUAAUGGAAUUGAUUGGCUAUCAGAGUGGGAUUAAAUGUUUAAAAGUUUACUAAUGUGUGUGACUUACAUUUAUCAAAUUCCAGUCAGCCUCUGCUUGUGUGUGUGUGUGUGUGUGUGUGUGUGUGUGUGUGUGUGUGUGUGUGUGUGUGUGUGUGUGUGGGCGGUCUGAUGUACACGGCAUAUCUGUGUACGCUACUGUGUUCACUGACUAAUGUGUGGGCAGCGACGCAUGUUUAUUCACUUUUUAUAAAUACUGAUGAAUCUUUUUUCAUACAUUUCUUUAUUCUUGUUUCUAUGUAUUUUUACUGGGAUUUAGUGUAAAAUAAUUUGUUGCUAAUCUGAACUGUUUACGUGUAUUCUCUGAUUUGAUGUGUACCAAACACUGUGUUUAUGUCUAGAGAUGUAGCACGUCUUAUGGUUUAUACAGCAUUCAAUGCAGUGGACUUAAUAACAUCAUAUAAAUUACAUUGGUCAGUGCAUAAGUGCAAUUUCCUCCUUUCAUUUGUUUUUUUGUAUUGACGUGAUUGAAUGAUUUUUCUCCACUUAUGCACAAUAAAAAUGUGUUUUC